AGCCCGCUCGAGUUUUCUGGUAUGGAGUAGAACGCGGCUUCCCGCCUGCCCCUUGGGUUGCCAUGGAGAGCGGCUAAAGCCCGCCAGUGGCAGUGGUCCUGGUGUCCUCUGGCGGGUUUACGUGGACGAUGUUGAGCCUCACGGAGCUUUCGCAAAAGAGCGCAGAGUUGGCGGAGAUGCGGUCCGGGCCCCUGGGUCGCUGCAGUCACUUUUUUUGGCUCGGUGUCGCCUUCGACGCGGUGGGUGUGGCAGUGCUGUUCACUGGCGUCUUCUCUAACUUGCUGUUCUACGACAUGCUGCUCUAUCUGGGUUCCAUCAUCAUCUUCGUCAGUCUCCUGUGGUGGAUCUCCUGGUACACCGGCAACAUCGAGGCGCUCCCGGAAGAUCUCUUGAGGGAGACUUCGCCCCGCGAGGGUGGGGUGCACCGCAGCGGCAGCCGUCGCUUCUCGCUGACCCUCAGGAGGGUCUCCAACACCUUUCAGCGGAUCCGCCGGCGGCGGCGGCGGCGGCGACUCCACCCGCGGGUCGACCAGAGGAUCAGUAGCAUCAGCUCUACCGACCCGGGCCAGCUAGGAAGGAACCGGAAGCCUGAGUCUGCUGUAAACCAGUUUGGUGGAGUCCAGGCCUCUAAGAGCCUGCCUCUGGUCCAUAUCUUUCCCCCUCUUUCCAUUUGUACUUCUAGGAGCCAACCUGUCUUUUCUGUGACCUCGCAGAGCUACCCUCUGGCAUCUGACAGCAAUUCUCGGAUGGCUUUGUCCUCUGACAGCCAUAUGCCUGUGGAUUCUCAUCCUUACCAGAGGUCUAAUAUCAGUGUGGCCUCUCAGAGCUACCCUCUGGAACGAACAGAAAGUCAGAGCCACCUUCUAGUGCCCGUGUCCUCUGACAAUUUUUCUAUGAUCUCUCAGAGCCACCUCCAGUCCUCUGACAGCUAUGUAUCUGUGCCUGUUGACCAUCACUCCGAGGAGCGUUCUAAGAUCAGUGUGGCCUCUCGGAGCUACCCUCUGGACCGGGCAGAAAGUCAGAGCCACCUCUUUGUGAUCUCUGACAGUUUAUCUAUGGUACCUGUGACCUCUCAGAGCCAAAUCCAGCCCUCUGUAUCCUCUGAAAGCCGUGUGCCUGUGGAUCUGACUCACUCUCAGGGGUGCUCUAAGAUUAGUGUGGCCUCUCAGAUCUACCCUCUGGAACGGGCAGAGAGCCAGAGCCACCUCCUAGUACCCGUGCCCUCUGACAGUUUCCCUAUGUCUCUAGCCCAACAAAGCCAUCUCCAAAAUCUUCCUCCUGCCUCUCAAGCUCCUGAAACUGGUAAAGCUUCUAAAAGCCAUACUUUGGCCAAGGGGGUUCCUGUGUUGCCACCUGGGGUUGCCCAGACUCAGCACCCGCAGGCCUCUUUAGCCCAGACUUCUCAAAGUAUUUCUUCACCUGUUCAGAAGGUUCCUAAGAACUAAAGUGCUGAAGCUUUGAUGACUCUCCCAGCACCCAACUUGAAACUAACUCAGGAGCAACCUGACCCUUCAUCGCCUGUCUCUAAGGCCACACAUUCAGACACUCAGUACUGUGACCAUUCUGGAAACUCUUCAGCCUUGGGGACAGUGAGGAAAAGCCACCCUUUCUAAUAGGAAUCAAACACCAGCCAUUUGAAUGUCUACUAAGGCCUUUGCCAACCCCUCUUUCAGGUGAACCCAGUUGUUUCGUUGCCGCAGGCGGGUUCAAAAUGGCGCUGCACCAAGGGACCUGAAAAUGGGGGACCAUCUGAGGAACACUAUCUUGGGUGAAGCUCCACGGAAAAUGGAAGAAGAAGAGUAUCCUGGGCACUUGCAGAUUGAUUGCCUUCACACAAGAUCACUCUCAGCAAGCCCAGCUAUUCAUCAUGGCAGUUACGCAUCUCUGGGAAGAAUUGCAUCGAGUCCAUGCUCACAGGUCCUUUGGUCUGAAUGUGGCUUUGGUCUGUAUGGGAAAGAGUGCGCCAAUGAUGGCCGGUUAGUCAAAGAUGGGUAAGAGUGUUCUUGAGCUCCUAUAAACCUAAAGCAGAGGCAUACAUCAAUAUGCUAUAUAUGUUUUCCUCGAAGACGAGUAAUAAGGAGCAAUAUAGACACCGACCUAAGCCAGGCACGGUUUCCUGGCCACUCUUUACCCUAGACAGGAUGAAAUCUUGUGCCCCGUCCAGCUGCUGGCACUGCCAUCUUUAAAACUAAAAAGGGGGAAUUGUGCCCUUCCCCCAGCCUUGAGCAGGCCUGAAGGAUCUUGUUUACCAAAGCAGACCAAACAGUAGGACUCAGGAGGUGUUACCCACCUUGGCUACACUACAGUCUGCUACAGGAGCUGAGAAGAAUAGACUGCCUGCUGACCUUGCUUUGAGAUACCUCAGGCUGAGAUUAAGGAUGGAUUCCCCUCACCCAUGAAGGCUGAAGCAAGAAGGGGUUCUGUGGUGGGGGUGGGCCUUCCCCUUUAAAUUGAGAG